AUCAAGAUCACCAUUCAUUCAUCCAUCCACAGGAAGGGGAUGAAAACAGGAAGUCUUUAAUUGACAACCCAUAACAGAUAUCCUCCUGAGACCCUGCGUCCACAUGAGGACAUUGGCUUCUUGCUCUGUAACAAUUUAUUCUCAUCAACUUAGACCUUUGUUUUAAUAUUUAAAGACAUUUAAGAUUGACUUUUUCCUUUAUUUUUGGGGAAUCUGUCAAUAAUUUUAUUUACUUUUACACUCACACAAAUACAAAUGGAGUCCCAGGAGGAUUAAAAGUUACAAAAAUAUUUUAUUUACCAGUUUAAUUAGAUGAUUACAUUAGAUGGUGUGUAGACUAGGGGUUAUCAGACCUGGGUCUGGAGGGCCGGUAUCCAUCAGGUUUUAUUUUUAACUCCGUUUCAACACACCUGAUUUCAGUCAGGCUUCUGCUGAGCCUGAUCAGCUGCUGCACAGGUGAUUCAGCCACUGAAUCUAGUGUGUUGGAGCAGAGAAACCACUAAAACGUGCUGGCCCUCCAGGCCUAGAAUAUAAGGCCCCUGCUGUAGAAGCGGCCAGACCUGUACACCCCUUCUGCUUCCAACUCACAUGCGAACCAAGCAUGCUUUUAUUUUGAAACAACAAUCAAAACCGGAAGUUCCCUUAACUGGCUUACCUUAACACACCUGCUGAUAGUUGAAGGCUAAAUAGCGACAAACGUCAGCUGGCUGCCAAGUGUUGGUAGACAGGCCGAAAGCUAGACCACUACCGGCAGUUUCUUUAAUAUUGGAGCUUUUCAUCAAGUCUUCUGCUUUGGGGGGUCUCUAAAGAGCUUCUGUCACAUGGAGGAAAAGCUUCACUAACUGAAGGUUUUGAUGUAAAUUGAAAUCUCAACAGCCACCAGUUACCCCUGAGAUGAUGUCAGAUCCUCAGGAUUACUCGUGUACUCAUAAUCACCAAGAGAAAUGCAAGCCAAUCAAAGCUGAGCCAGAAUGGGAAGCCGUUAUGUUUCCCUCUCUUGAACCGCAGUUCAGCAUGUCUGGUACGACAUUCCAGCAGCUUUUUCACCUCCCAGUAAAACUCAUACCCAAUUGUCAUGGAGACUCAGUUGAAGAGAACGUUGAGAAGUCUGUACAUGCGUAUUUGAGCAGAACCGGUGAUGACGUGAGAACCCCUGUCAGCCAGGAAACUUGCUUUUUGCCAAGUCUCAAAGUUUCAAAGAACGCAGCUUCUCAAAGACAACACUCAAAUGCUGACAGGGAUUAUUCUUCCAGGUUUUGUUUAUCGUGUUUAUUUGGAAAUUAUAGCUGGAAUGAGACAUUCCUCUUCAAAGAGUGCCAGUGCAAAACACAAUCCUCGACAAGCUUGGCAGAUGAUAAUGAGACCAAAGCAGGCCAAUUUCUGUCUCCUAGAUCCAGUUGCACUAAAUAUACUCCAGAACUGGCCACUGAGAUUCUUCAGCGUUAUGGGUUAGGAAGAGAUGAUAUGGAGGACCUGCUGGCUUACCCUGAGGACCAGAUUACUGCUGACAAGCUGCCUCACAUCCUCCAACAAAUCCGCAUUGCAAAGGAAAAGAGAAUGAACGAGAAGUCAGAAAGUUGCUCUAAACCUCAGCCCUGCACAAGCUCAGUUGGACGGGAGAAUAGGACUGGGCCAGUAGAAAAGGUUUCAUCACAUAUUCCUAAACCAAAAGGACCAAGGGGGAAUCUAACACCAGAGGUUGUCAAGGAUGCUGGAGAAACCAUUCCAACUGGGGGAGCCAUUGGCAAUGAGACUCAAACCUGUGGAUUUGCUGGCACUUAUGCUAAUGGAUCCAUUGGUCCUCUGACUAGGACUGGUGAAACCAUAGGAAUUGGGACUUGUACUGCUGGAACCAUUGGCACUGGGGCUCACAGUGAAGGUUCGACAUUAAUGGACACUAACGGGAGCCGCUGUAAAGGACUGCAGCCCAGAAGCUCAAAAGAAGUGAAAAGCAGAAGUGGCCUGGUGUCUUCACAUGACCAGGAAACCUGCACUGAAAGUCUCAGCUCAAUCAAGAGCUCACUGGCUUUUUCAACCUGUGGUCCAGCUGAUCGGGGACAGACUCAACCAAACCUGAAUUUACAAAAAAUCCUCAACUGUUUCCCUCAAGACAUAGACGCAAAGUUUCCCAAGUUGGACGCUUCCACAGACCUCCUUUUGAAAGACAUAAAACAACAAACCCAUUCAACUCCUAAAGACCAAACACCGGGUACUGUUGCUCCUGGCCCAUCUGUCUUGAACUCGGGUAUUCCUAAUAUAUAUUCUGAUCAGAUUAAAACUCAAGAAAGGUUCAAAUGUUGGACUAAGAAAAAUCAGCAGUCUGUAGAGCAGCUGCACACGCAGCAGCUUGUGGGGGACUGGUACCAGACGCUGCAACACCUGAAGCCACUGGAAUCACAGAUGGAGAAAGGAUUACUUCCACAGGGGUUUCCUGCUUUUAAACCAGCUUCUUCUUCAUCCGUACAACCCACAAUGGUUCCUCUUUCCCCUUGUCAGUCACCACAGCUUCCAAGAGGGUUGAUCUCCCCUCCUGUGCCACAAUCACAUCACAGCAGACAGUCUUUAGCUACGGGGCCUGUCUUUAUGGCUCUGCCACCACCUGCGAUGAUGGAAGACUAUGCAGCCACCCCGCCAGAAAACUUUCCACACACCUGUUCCCUUUGCAACAUACAGUGUGCCAAAAUGAAGGACUGGAUUCUCCACCAGAACACGAGCGUUCAUCUUGAGCACUGCAAACUUCUCCGCAAACGGUACUCAAAAUGGGAUGGUAACAUAUCUCCAUCCCUCAGUUUCCCUGAUAAACAUACCAAGCAGGUUCCACCAGCGACUGCACAGCACUUCCAGCAUCAGCACCGGAAAUUCAGGUCCGACGGCUGCUUCAGAUCCAGUUCAAACGUCCUGCAUCACCACCGCAGGCCAGAGUACAGAAAGGACCGUUCCAGCAGCAGCUCUCGGUCAGUAAGUCCUUUAGAUUACCACGACUCAGAGGGCAGAAGAAGAAAAGGCCGAAGCAGAUCAGGAGGGUCGCAGAGCUCCAGGUACAACUGCAGGUCACGGUCUCGUUCUCCUUCUUUGUGGUACGAUCAGCGUUAUCGAUCCCGCUCAAGGAGUCGGGAGAGACCACCGUCACCCAGAAGGAAGAAGAAUCAUUCAUCUAAGAGGAGAAGCAGGAGAUCUUCAGCUCACAGGGCUUCGGAUAAAAGAAGGAAGUCGAGCAAAGCCAAGAGGCUGACGAAAAAAUUGCUGAAAUCACCUGCUCUCCAGUCUCUGUUGGAGCAGCCUAAACUCAAAGCUGUGGUGAAAACGUUGGUUCCUGUUCUUCUGUCAGAGCUGAAGAAGAUGAAGACCUUGGCUGCCUCUCCAGCUCCUAGUGCAACGUUUUUCAGAUCAGAGUCUAACCUUCAGAGAAGUGAGUCCAUUUCUACAAACCCUCAGGAUUCAAGUUUUGGACCUCCUUCUCUCACUUCUAGUACAAAGCCACUGCACUUGACCUCCUGUAACUUUCUUGCACGCAGAAAAUCUGUUGCGUCGCUUAUUGUUUCACCACACACCGCCGAGUCAUCUCAGCGUCCUGUAAAAAGAUUUUUACCAAAAACCGUGAAAAGGAUGACAACAAGCACACUUGUUUCAAAAGCAAAGAUCUUGGUUUCCAAAGCAAAAGAAGUCUCAGGGAAGCGGGUUUUAAAAAAGACUUUUACAACGGGCACCAAAGAUGGAACAGGAUCUGCUAAAGACAUGGAAUUAAGAGAGGAAGUGUCAAAACUCCCAAGAUCUAAGAAGUCCAAAUGUCCUGCAAAACAUUCUGGUACUGGUGACUCAAAACAAGGAGCAACACAUAAAAACAUGGAGACGAACACUGAAGAAUCCUCAAAUGGACCAAUCAUGGUUGGAAAACCUUCAGAUACAAUCAUGAUUAACUCAAUCAGAGUCAAAAGUCUUUGCACAGAAGUAAAGGUCUUUCCUUCUGAAGCUGAACUAGCUUCAGACAUUCAUCUGGACAGAUUUCAGACAGCAGGAGAUGUUAAAGAUGAAGUGGAAGAAAAGACCUUAAAGGUCUUGAAUCCAACGGUAAAAUCUCAGCCUGAUGCUGCUAUGUGGAACAGAGCUCAGAGCUCAGAAGAACAAGAGCUGCUCUCUGAAGACAAAUCUGAGGGUUUUAAAACCAACUCGGCAGAAGGAAAACUGGAUGAUCUUGACAAAGUAGAUGUUCACAUGAAGAAUGAAGUAGAAACUUCCAAACCAAGAGAGACUGAAGCUGUAGAUGUGGACAAAGGUCCUGCUGAGGUCAAGGGAUGCAAACUGAUGGAGACAAAGAUGUCACAAGAUCCAACCAGUGAGAACGAUCCAACUCCGAUGCAACAAACACCCUCCAUUACAGCUCCAGGGAUGGUGGUGAAAGCCUCACCGCAGGAAAACAACAUCCUGGAUUCAGAGUCAUCCAGACCGCAGCUGAAGACCAGCGCUGAGGGUGUAGAAGAACAGGACCAGACUCUGGGAUGGGUGGAUAACGUGAGGACUCAAAAGAAAAAUGCUUCUAAAGUCGACAAUGUUUCAAGUAUGGCGACUGAGAUGGCUCCAUCGACCAGCUCUGGGCUUUCAGCUGCUGUUAGCUCGCUGACUGUUGGAGAGAAAAUGGAAACUCUAUUACAUCCAGAAAAGAUCCCCUGCUUCAACAAGAAAACCGUCAUGUCAUCAAAGCUCUCUUCCCUCAAUGCGACAGCUUUGUUGGUAACAAACCUACCAGAGUAUCAUGAUGGCUGCUACUGCGAGGACGAUGUUGCCAACCUGCUUUGUCCUUUUGGAUUUAUCUACAAGGGCAACAACAUUUACAUUCUUCCCCAGAAGCGCAUGGCCUUUGCGCUGAUGUAUCAUGUGGGAAACAUCCAAAAAAUCGUCAAACAUUUUGACAGAAAUGAUGUUUUUCUCAGAGGCUCAAAAGUCUCUUUGAAUGUCGUGAGCAGCAAAAUUUCAACGAUGCCAUUUGAGUUUUAUUCAUACCUGAUGAAGAUGAUGCGUUAUAAAGUGAAGGACGAUGGAAGCAACACGGUCUUGAUUCACAACAUCUUACCGAGUGAAGCCAAAGAUCUGAGGGAAACGCUUAAAAAAAUCUGUCUCAUAAGAAACUACCUGCCUCUUCUCAACAAGGUGUUUGUCCAGUUUAGGUCUGCACGUGAUGCUGAUCUGCUUGGAGUUUGGUACAGCGUACUGAAUCCUACUGACCACCAUGUCUACAGACUGAAAAUACCACAGAGCUUCAGGACGUCACGACCAUCAAAACGUCCAGCGACAGCUUUUACAGACCUGGGCAUUGAGGCAUCAGUCAUCCCAACAGCGAAGUGUGGUGUUGCACGAAGUAGUUCACCAUUCUGGAUCACUAUGAGAACAAGACCUUUUGUGUUUCCCACCUUCUCGCCUUGGUUCAACAUCCCAAAUUAUCACACGGCCUGGGGAUUAGUGGAUAUUAAGGAAGCUGGUCCUCUGGGCUCUGAGUUCUCCACCGUCAUGCUAACUGGUUUACCACAAGAACACUACACACACGAGGACAUCGCCAAGUUAGUGUGGUGUUACUUCCCCAAUCAGACCCUCCACACUCUGUACUACAACGUGAUUGUCCUUCCACUACAGAGGAGGGCGUUUGUGUUCUUCAGCAGCUGGAACGCCUGCUGUGAUUUUGUCCUAAACUAUAUAGAAAAUCCGGUUUGUGUCGGAGGCUGCGAGCUGAUCGUUCACUUUGUUUUAGAGGACAUUCAGCCGGGAUUCAGCGAGGAGACGAUGUACAGAUCUGUGAUGAAAUGGAGCAACAGCCCCGUUUCAGAUCUACGGGUUCUGGAGGAGCGGCUGCUGUGUGUGGAGGUCUCUGAAGCGUCCGCUCACAUCGUCAUGAUGGUCAUGAAGGAAGUGGCUUUGGUCUCUCCUUUUGUCAACUUCCUGUCGCUCGCUAACAGGAUAGUCAUAGAAAUGUCUGAUUCCAGCGGAGUAGCAGAAGCAGUUGAGAAGGUCCCACAGGGCGGGUCAUCCCAGCAUGAACUUUGGAGCAGAGUGAAGCGUAUCGAGGCUUCAAAGAGCCUCACACGGCGUCUAGAAGGUCAGAGUGAGAUGGUGAAGCUUAAGCCUAACCUCGUCCGCACCAGACCAGCUUCUGUGAAACGGGAUGAGAUGGUUUGGAAGCCCAAGCCGCGUGCUGCUAAAACAGCUGCUUUAUCUAAAAUCUGUGUUUCUGGAUCGAGUUCCACAGAAAUCUCAAACAUCGUCCCUGAUCAGACCUUCUGGUGUCAGCAGAAGGAGGCAGGUCCUUCUGAAGGACCUCAGAGUUCAGUCACAGCUGAAAGGAGCCUAUGUUCACCAGAAGCUCCUGAGAUGACCAGAGAGACUCUUAAGUUCAGCACAGGAAAUGGAAAAUUCCCAGAAUGCAUUUCUGAGUCAACAGGUGGAUCCAUCUGUGAUGUUCCCAUUUUUAAGAGGUUGGAUGUAACCAACCAGAGCACGAGUCUGGAGACGGAGUGUGAAGGUAAAAGGAUCAAAGAGGUGAAGACAAGUAAAGAGGAAGAUGAUGGUGAAAAGGAAGAAAUCUUUCAUUUAGUUGAGUUUGUUGAUCAAAAGGAUAAAGAUGGCGGCUCUGGAACACCUGGACCUGAUGGAGACCGUGUCUUGCAUCAGGGAGGUCCACACCAUGAUGAUCAUGGUUCUUCAGGAGAAACAACUCGAGUUAAAGCUACUAUAAACCUGAUGUCACAUGAAGAAGAGACCUUGUUUAAAGAUGGUUCUGUUCAACAGGCUUCAGCCACACAAAGCGGACGAUGUGGAGAAGAGAUGAGAUCCAGUUCCCCAGAAGAACCUGAUGAGCAGCAUGAAACUGUAACCUAUGUGGAAAACCAAGAGACCAUUAAAACAUCCACCUGUGGAACUAGAGAGGAGACCUCAGAUGACCUGAAAGAGGAGAAAACUCCACAACCAGAAGAUCAGGAAGAUGGAGUACCAACAGAGAAGUGGACAGGAGCAUCACAUAGUGAUGAAGAGGACAAUGACCUGAGAGACGCAUCAGAAUCUGAUGUUCAGGUUGUGGAUUCUCUAGAUCAGGUUAAAGAUGGUCCAUCUGAGACCAGUCCACCAGCAACAGAUGAAAACCAGUCUUCAAACGGGGUGGAGCAGAAGCCACCAGAGACAAACGACACAACAGCUAUAAAAUAUGUUCCUUUGAUCCUGAUGGAUGUGACUGAUGAGGAAGACUACCUCAGCGAGGAAGAACAUGUGAGAGAAAUGGCUCCCGAAGAGGAGCUGAUAGGAGGGAGGAAAAAUGAGGAGACAGAAGGUUGGGCGAUGGAGACUCUGGGCGAAACCACAGAGGGUUCAAAAUGUCGGCAAGGGCUGGAGGAGCCUGAUGAAGAGGAAGGUUCUUGGCUACAGUCUGAGUUUGCUGAUGAGGAGAAACCAGAUGGAUGUUUGGAGAGAGGACGCCGCAGGAUGAAGUCAAAAGUCCCAGCUGAUCACCGGGCUGGCUCUGUCGGACCCAUGGCCAAGCGUUUCUGCUCUCAGCCUCCAGAUGUCCACAGGACUCCGAUCCCGUCCAGCUGCAGACGUCCUCUAGGUGAGGAGUUUGUGGAGCGGAAGCGGGGCUUCUUCUGUUCCCUCUGCUCAGUCUUCUACCUGAACAGGAGCAAAACGAAGGACGAGCACUGCUGCAGCCGAGCGCAUUACGACAACCUGAAGGUCUGCAGGAACGAGGUAGAUUCAGGUCCUAAACACACUUCCUGCUUCACCGUGUGUUUGGUUUUCAGAUGUACCUCCAGAAGCAUCAGCUGAAGCUUUCAGGAUCAACAGAGUCGUGGGUCUGAGGGUCUUCAGCUGAAGAACGUCUCAGAGGUGUUGUCUGCAUGACCGUGGAGCAUUGGGUU